UUUUAGUUUUUUUUCUCCUUGCUCCUGGCGCCCUACCAGAUGACGAGCCGCAUUCCAAUGCAUCGGUGAGGGAUUUGGAUUCGUUUCCUCCUAGCAAUCGAUUGAUCGGGUGCCCUGGAGCUGUGAAUCGAGUGAGUAUCUGAUCGAGGGCAAGAAAAAACUGCGGGAAAGAAAGGUCAAUUGAUUGUGGGAAACAUUGUGGGAGAUACUGGAUGGAUUCAGCUCAGCGCCGGCUCAAGAUCAUCCACGGGCAUAUUGCCAGUCUCGCGACAGGGCAAUCGCAGCUGCUCGAUUUUCAUCCAACAGCUGGAGAAUUUUUCAUUGAGCAAGGCUAUAGUGUUAUUCUUCCCGAAAAGCUUAAAAAUGGGAAGUGGAAUGUGUAUAGGUCCAUUCGAUCUCCUCUGAAGCUCGUGGAUCACUUCCCAAAUCAUCCGGAAAUUCUCACACUGCACGACAACUUUGUGUACGCCGUUCGCUCCUAUGGUGACUCCAAGUAUCUUGGGACAAGAGUUCGCGAAGAUGGGACUGUUGGAGAGUACAGAUGGGUUACUUAUGGAGAAGCUGGUGACGCGCGAACGGCUAUUGGAUCGAGUCUUGUUUCUCGUGGGAUCCCAAAGGGGUCGGGUAUCGGACUCUACAUGAUUAAUCGUGCUGAAUGGAUAGUUAUUGAGCACGCCUGUUCGUCAUACUCUUACGUCUCUGUUCCGUUAUAUGACACACUUGGUGCUGAUGCGGUCACAUUUAUCAUCAAUCACGCUGAGCUUUCAGCUGUCUUUUGUACUGCAGAUAAAUUAAAUACGCUUCUCAGCUGUCUUUCAGACCUUCCAUCUGUGCGGCUUGUUGUGGUCAUUGGAGGUUCGGAACAUUUACUUCCUUCACUCCCACAAACGUCUGGAGUAGAGAUUGUAUCCUAUUCAAAAUUUGAAGCACAGGGUCGAAUCGAUGAAAGGCCAUUUAUUCCGCCUAUGCCUGACGAUAUUGCAACGAUAUGCUAUACUAGCGGGACAACGGGCACACCAAAGGGAGCGAUGCUUAGCCACCAUAACCUUGUGGCCAGCUGUUCAGGUGCCUGUUUGACGAUCAAGUUGUACCCUUCAGAUGUACAUAUUUCUUAUUUACCUUUAGCACAUAUUUACGAGAGGACGAACAUAAUAGCUAUGGCACAUUAUGGAGCCUCUUUAGGAUUUUAUCAAGGGGACAUUUUGAAGCUCAUGGAUGAUUUAGAGUUGCUGAGGCCUACAGUUUUUGCUAGUGUUCCUCGUCUCUACAACAGAAUUUAUGAUAGAAUUGUAACCACAGUUCAAUCAUCUGGUGGGCUGCGGGAGAAACUUUUCAAUGUGGCCUUCAACGCAAAGCGGCAGGCUCUUGAGAAAGAUAAGACUCCUUCUCCUAUUUGGGACCGUCUUGUUUUUAACAAGAUCAAGGCAAGGCUUGGAGGCCGGGUAAGGCUCAUAUUAUCUGGUGCCUCUCCUAUUUCUCCAGAGGUUUUGGACUUCUUAAGAAUAUGCUUUGGUGCGUGCGUACUCGAAGGCUAUGGGAUGACAGAAACGGCGUGCCUCAUUUCUUCUUGUCAAGAAGGAGACAACACGUCAGGCCAUGUCGGAGCUCCCAACUCGUCUUGUGAAAUCAAGCUUGAAGAUGUCACCGAGAUGGAAUAUACAAGCCAGGACAAGCCAUAUCCCCGGGGAGAAAUAUGUGUCAGGGGACCAAGUAUAUUUAAGGGCUAUUACAAAGACGAAGUUCAAACGAAAGAAGUUCUUGAUCCUGAGGGCUGGUUGCACACAGGUGAUAUUGGUCUCUGGCUACCUGACGGGAAGCUGAGAAUUAUUGACCGGAAAAAGAACAUUUUUAAGCUUGCACAGGGUGAAUACAUAGCGCCAGAGAAGAUUGAGAAUGUCUAUCAAAAAAGCAAGUUCGUUGCUCAGUGUUUCGUCUACGGCGAUAGUCUAAACGCGAGUGCGGUAGCAAUCGUGGUGGUGGAUCCGGAGACGCUUCCUGUGUGGGCAAAAGCAAGAGGAAUCAAGCAUGCUGAUGAUCUAGUUAAACUCUGCGAAGAUCCUGUCGUGAAGGCCGCGGUGCUAGCAGACAUGGACGCCGUUGCUCGCGACUCCCAGUUGAGAGGAUUCGAAUUUGCAAAGGCUGUUCAUUUGGUAGCGGAGCCAUUCACUCUGGAGAAUGGGUUGCUCACUCCCACUUUCAAGGUGAAGCGGCCGCAAGCUAAAAAGCAUUUCCAGAAGGAAAUCCAAGCCAUGUACGAUGCAAUCGCUGCCAGCCCCAAGUAGAAACAAAAAGCUCUUUUGCUUCUCUAAAUAAGUGUCGAAUAACAUAUCAUGGAGGAAAAGAGAUUCUCUGUGGAACUGAUAGGAGCUACGAGUGUAACAGAAGGGCAUAUACUUCGAUGACGAAAAUAUCGUCUAGGCACAUCUGCUUUCAUGCCCGUAAGAAAUAUUGUGAGCUGGAACUCACUCUUGGCAUCUA